CGUGAUUACUUCGCACGCGCGGACGUAUAGAUCAUCGAUCGAUACGAUCCUUAUACGUUUUCUGUGACUGUGUUUCGAUACUGUGACAAAACUCCAUUGUGUUUGUGGAAUGCAAUCGUGAUUAUUUAUAUGUGAUUGAAUAAUUUUGUUAGUUCUAUAUGAAUGGGUUCUUUGACAUAUAUUAAGUGACAAAAUGAGGCGAAUGAAAAUGAACCUGAACCCAGAUCUGGGUGAUCUCGAAGAGAUGCUCGCACACGUUCAGACCCAGAUCGAACACGAGAUAGUCUUGGAAAAGGAAUCGAAGAUGCCGUCACUGACCAGCGUUCAGGAAUCCCCGAAAAUGAAACGUUCGUCUUCCGUGACGAAGGCAGACAGCUUCGAAUACCGCCGGCCGUUGCCUAGACCAAAUUUAAAUAGGAUUAACAGCGACAACGGUAUGGUAAUAUCAGAUGAUAAAAGAAAUGAAUAUGGCCAAACAAAUGUAAAUCAAAACGGAUUGAGAGGUUCUCAAACAAGUCUUAAAUCAGAUGACACAAUAUCCCUCCAAUCGUUUCGUUCGGAGCCGGUCCAGAGGCAUUCUGUCAUGAGCCUCCCGGAUAAAAGGGACAGUGCUUCAUUAAACGGGAGGGGUAAGACGGCUACUUUGCCCAGAGGAUACGGUUCGACGAGAGAGAAGAAUUGGGAGGAUUACUGGGCGCACGAGCAAUCGAUCAGCAGCGCGCGCGCAUCCGUCAUGGUGUACGACGACACCAUGAAACGAUGGAUACCGUCAGGCUCGAGCUCCGGUCUCUCCAAAGUUCAUAUCUACCACCACACCCAGCACAACACCUUCCGAGUCGUGGGCAGGAAACUGAACGAUCACGAAGUCGUAAUAAACUGCGGUAUCGUCCGCGGCCUCAAGUACAACCAGGCGACGGCUACCUUCCACCAAUGGCGCGACGCGCGUCACGUCUACGGUCUGAAUUUCUCCUGUCGGGAGGACGCCGAUAGCUUCGCGAGAGCGAUGAUGCAUACGUUGGAGAUCCUAGCGAAUAAAGUCGUCAAUAACACGGCGCCGCCGCCUCCGCAGCCCCCGAACCCGCCCGUGCCGUACAACGGACAUAAUAACACUCACUACGAUGAAGAUAUGGGCUACAGAACGAUGACACGCGAAGAUGCAGCGAUACUGCAGCAGCCACAGUACCAUGCGCCCCACCAUCAGCAGCACCAACAGCACCAGCCUAUCCAGCAGCACCAGCAGCUCCACCAACAGCACCAGCAGGCGAGCCAGUAUCAUGCGCCACACCAUCAUCAUCCGGCGGUCGUUCCAGCGGCGGCCAGCACGGCACCCGCGCCGCCCCCCCACGGCGUGCACACGCUGCCGCACGCGCCCGCGCCGCACGGCCAUCACCGCACCAACAGCGCCCCCAUGGCGCCCAACAUGUCGCUGUCGGCGGCGGGCGCGCCGGCCCCGCCCCCCGUGCCGCCGCACCAGAACCUGCCCGCGCCGCCCGCGCCGCCCGCGCCGCCCAACGGUCCGAUAGCACCGCCCACUCCACCCGCGGCUCCUCAACCACCGCCAAUGCAACAGCCAGUGGCACCCCCAGUGCAGGCCCCCGCACCACCACCUCCACCACCACCACAGCCGCAACCGCAGCAGCAGGCUCCCGUCGCGCCAUCGCCCGCCGGGCCCCCGCCUCCGCCUCCCCCACCGCAGCCCCCCGCCGCGGAUCCCACGGGACUCGCCGCGCAACUGCAGCAGGCCAGGCUGAAGAGACAGGCUAAGCAGCAGCAGCAGUCGACGGUGGGCGGCGGCGGCGGCGGCGGCGGCGGCGAGGCGUCCCCGCCGGGCGGCGCGGGCGCGGCGGCGGGCGAGCCCCCGGGCGGCGGCGCGCGCGGCAACCUGCACUGCAUGAUGCACGAGAUGCAGCGCACGCUGGCGCGGCGCCGCGCGCACCUCGCGCACCUCGACCGGAACGAGGAAUCUUCGACGGAGAGUUCGGCAAGCUCCACACCUAUGAAGUCCUGGGAGCGAUCAGCGACACUGCCACAUCGACUGCCUGCCGCGUGUAACGGCAACACACCGAACACGGAGUGCGCGGCGCCCACGCAGUCCCCGCGCGCCGCCCGCAAGCGCUUCGGCUCCGCCAGUGAGGAGACCAUCCUCAAGCAAGUGAACGGCGGCAACGACAACGGCUGCGCGAGCGCCGCCGACUGGGAGAGCUUCAAGCAGGACGUCAUGCGCGAGAUACGCACGCAAGUGAGCCAGAUGAAGCGGGAGAUACUAGACGCCAUAAAGGUGGAGUUCGCCCGCAGGUAAGCUAGUCGGCGCAGACACCACCGGUGAACGAUUUUAUAUACAUAUACAAAGAAACCACCUGUCCAUAAGUACGUUGAAUUGUAUAACACCAAGUUUGUAUGUGAAGUUACAAUAUACCGAUAACAUGUUAUAUAUAUGCUCAUUUAUACAGAAAUUGUUACAAAAUUAGACAGAGAAAUGAGAAAAUAGGUCGUAUAUCGAUUUAAAACUACUUCAAUAUCAAGCGAUAGACAUGCCAUUGAAAAAAAAAACACAAUUCAGUUUAAAUUCUGAUUCUCUAAAUAAACGGCUGUGACAGACAGACGGACACAUAAAUGGUAAACUUUGAUGUAUAGUCUGUGAAAUUAAAUCAUCGGCUACAGAUUAUAAAUACAACGUCUUAAGUAUUUUAAUAAAAUAUACUUAGACAAAAACAUUGAGAUCUUAGAGCUAAACGCUUAUGCCCCAAAAUUGGAUCUUGAUAUCUCCUCUCGUAUUUAUAAAACAUCCGUUCACCAGUGUCGUCUGAGUAUUGUGAUUGAUAUUUAGAGUUGCCAGUUUAAAAAAAAUAAACAACGAUAGUGCUGCCAUAUGAAACUGGUGAUUUCAUCAAUGGCGACGAUUUCUUUGUAAGGAAUAGUUUGCGCACGAGUAAUGGAGCAUAAAGCAAGUUGUGUUUUUUUUUAAUUUUAUACUUAAAAAAAAAUAUUUAUUCGGAUAUGUAUUACCGUGUACGUAGAUUUUAAGACGAUAUACAAUUAAUAAGAUUCCUAUUGAUUUCUGAACGAUAUAUUCUAAAAAUAUUUAUAAUUUUAUCUUAAGCAGACAGUUAUAUAGUCAUUCAUAUAUCUU